GAAGGUUUUUCUGCUGUCUCUGCAUGCCAAGGACAAAAGAGACAACAUCCAGCAUCUUAUUGCAGAGCCAAUCCCCACCAGAAAAGGUGGAGGACAUGGCAGAUGAAGUAUCCUGGGUCCAUCUCACUGAUGACAGUUUACAGUCUUCCAAACAAUUAGCGUCGGAGUACUCUAUUUCAAGCCUUGUCAACACAACCUGCUCACUGACUAACAUAGUGGCAGAAGAGAACUGUGACACAAUUUUGCCAAAUAGAUUUUAUUGGACCUUAGCCAAAAACGACGCCCUUUUUCAGAAAAAUCAUAUCUACAGGUGGAAAAGCAAAUAUCAUCCACAGGUCUGCUACUCCAGGAGGCUCUCUCUUCAUCUCACCCUCCCUCGCUUUCCACUGAGGAGAAGGUGGAGUGAGCUGGCUCUGCCAACCUUCAUGACAGAACCCAAAGUAAAGAAAGGCCAGGAGGGUGCUGAUAUGAAGUCAUUAGAGACACCCAAGUCAGCAGAAAAUGCUGCAAACUUAACAUCUGAGGGGACACACAAGGACGCUAAGGUGAAGGCCACCAGAAACCUUUUUCGAAGGUUUUUCUGCUGCCUCUGCAUGCCAAGGACAAAAGAGACAACAUCCAGCAUCUUAUUGCAGAGCCAAUCCCCACCAGAAAAGGUGGAGGACAUGGCAGAUGAAGUAUCCUGGGUCCAUCUCACUGAUGACAGUUUACAGUCUUCCAAACAAUUAGCGUCGGAGUACUCUAUUUCAAGCCUUGUCAACACAACCUGCUCACUGACUAACAUAGUGGCAGAAGAGAACUGUGACACAAUUUUGCCAAAUAGAUUUUAUUGGACCUUAGCCAAAAACGACGCCCUUUUUCAGAAAAAUCAUAUCUACAGGUGGAAAAGCAAAUAUCAUCCACAGGUCUGCUACUCCAGGAGGCUCUCUCUUCAUCUCACCCUCCCUCGCUUUCCACUGAGGAGAAGGUGGAGUGAGCUGGCUCUGCCAACCUUCAUGACAGAACCCAAAGUAAAGAAAGGCCAGGAGGGUGCUGAUAUGAAGUCAUUAGAGACACCCAAGUCAGCAGAAAAUGCUGCAAACUUAACAUCUGAGGGGACACACAAGGACGCUAAGGUGAAGGCCACCAGAAACCUUUUUCGAAGGUUUUUCUGCUGCCUCUGCAUGCCAAGGACAAAAGAGACAACAUCCAGGGCUGACGAUGCGGCCCUGACCCGGGAUUCCUAAACCCCGGGUCUGUGUUCGGCCUGGUUGGGGCAUUACAGUUUCUGGAGCAAGCCAGGCCAGAGCAUGAAAGGAGGUGUGCCCCAAACAUCUACCUGAUAGACAGCUCCAGCCACCAGGGCAUGAGCUCUGUACCCCUCCUCUCCUACUGGGUGCAAGGGUGAACUUCAUUUGUUCCCAGAAGAAGUAGCUGGACAUAGAAGCCUGUCACAUCAUCAUGGGCGAUGACGAGGCAUCCAUCCUGCUUCAAGUCCACAUGAGAAAAGGUCCACAACCAAGAAGGAGAGGAGCAAAAUUCCCCUGAAGAGGAGGUUAGGAGCGAAUGGUGCAUGUGUACCCCGAGAAGACGACCCUAUCUUCCUCAUGGGUUCCAGCUUGCUCCAAGCUGCAGCAGGAACCCACACUGAACUAGGAGGAGUUAGUGAGAACUCAUUUGCUUGACUAGCACAUCUUCCUCUAUGGGGUCCAGAUGAUGAGAUAAUGAGACAGCCCAGACAGAAGACCCUGGUCUGAGAAGAAGGUGUGCUGAGCCUGCCAUUGCUUGGACUCCCCUCAUCUUCAUUUUUCCAUCUCAAUGUACAGGUUCCUUUUCUCAGACUACAUUGACAGAAACACCCUCCUCCUCUGUGCCUCUUGGAUCAACAGCCAGACUCACCUGCGCCCUGAGGAGUGUAAACGGCAUUGGCAAUAACAUUUACUUGUCCAGCAGAUGGAGGGGAGACCUCCCAGAGUUUUCCUGUUCUACUGCAAAGACUCAAACAAGUCACUGAGGCUUAGAAUCUCCAUUACAUUCUCUGGAUCCAGAGAAGCCUCAAAAAAUGUAAAUUUGCACAUCUCUGAACUAUAGAUGAAGGGUGAGGCUCAGCACUGCUGUAUUAUCUAGGAAAAUAGUGUUUCCCACAGUGAUACAGGCAGAUGGGGAAGUAGCCAUCAAUAGUAGCUUCUGCCAAAAAACAAAUCAGUUCUGGUAGAGCGCAUGUAGCAGCCACAGGGAAGGGAGCAAGGAGGCUCCACCAACAUCGCCUGCCACAGCACCAGUUCUGAACAGUGCAGAGGCUCAUGGUAUUGAUUUUGGUCACCCAGAAAGAUGCCCCCACCACAUGGAGGCAAACUGUGUGCAAGCAUCGAGAAGGGCGACUACCACAAGGCACACAAGAUGUACCUGAUGCUCUUCUUCAGAUACAUGUCUAAAACAAGCAUUCAGAAUCCUGAGAUCUCAGGUACUCAGGAGUAUUUCUCUUCUUCGGUCAUGGCCAGCAGAGCAGUCCAGGCUGACAUGACCAUGCCGGUCCUCGAAUCCCUGG